CGGCGCAUCCUCCCGCAGUUGCUCUCUGACCGCUGACGGGCGAGUACAGUCGCUCCCCGCCCUGUCCGUUCUGCCUGUACCAAUCAACUGUACUUAGUGGUGCUGGUCGUGUUCGCUCUUCGUGCUGCAUCCUCCCUUAAUUGUCAAAUAUGUCUCGUCUGAACGGCGUGAACGGCUUCAACGGGUGCGGGGAGCUGAACGGCACCUCUAACGGCUCUGGCUGCUGGACCAUCGGCCUCAUCAACGCCAAGGCCAAGUACCUCACCGCCGAGACCUUUGGCUUCAAGAUCAAUGCUAAUGGUGUGUCGCUCAAAAAGAAACAGUUGUGGACCUUGGAACCCGCCGAGAAAGAUCUCAUUGCCUUCAAGUCUCAUCUCGAUAAAUACAUCUCCGUCGACCAGUACGGGAACGUGACAUGUGAGAGUGAAGAGCGGGACAUGUCGUGCAUGUUUGAGGUGUCGGUGACGGACGACGAACAUGGCCGCUGGGCUCUGCGUAACGUCACCCGAGGCUACUUCCUGGGCGCCGGAGGUGACAAGCUUAUCUGCAGCGCCAAGGUGCCCACCGACGCAGAGCUCUGGAGUAUCCACCUCGCUGCCAGGCCACAGGUAAACCUGCGGUCGCUAGGCCGCAAGCGGUACGCCCAUCUGAACGAGGAGGGUACAGAGAUUGAGGUGGACGCUAAUGUACCGUGGGGCGAGGACACACUCUUCACUCUAGAGUUCAGAGAUAAUAAGUACGCCAUCCACACCACUAACAACAAGUACUUGGCCAUGGACGGCAAGCUGGUGGCAAACUGCAGCCGGGAGUGUCUCUUCUGCCUCGAGUACCACCACGGCUCCCUCGCCCUCAGAGAUUACCAGGGUCAGUAUUUGAGUCCCAUCGGGUCCCGUGCUGUGCUCAAAACUCGCUCCAACACAGUCACUAAAGACGAGCUGUUUGCACUUGAAGACUCUCUCCCCCAAGCCUCCUUCGGUGCUCUCCUAAACGCCAGAUACGUCUCGGUCAAGCAGGGUGUUGACGUGACGGCCAACCAGGAGGAGAUCUCUGACCACGAGAAGUUCCAGCUGGAGUAUGACGGAGCCACCAAGAGGUGGUAUGUACGCACCAUGCAGGACAAGUACUGGACGCUAGAGGCCGGUGGCGGUAUUCAGGCUAAUGCCACUAAACCGACAUCCAAUGCACUCUUCAACUUCCAGUGGCAGCCAGAUGGGUCUGUUGCCUUCCAAGCAAACAAUGGAAAGUACAUUGCUACCAAGAAGUCGGGUCACUUGUUUGCCAAUGCCGAUUCUCCAGAUGAAGGAAGUGCUCGUUUCUACUUUUAUUUGAUAAACAGGCCAGUGUUGGUAUUAAAGUGUGAACAAGGCUUUGUAGGUUACAAGACAUCAAACAGUCUUAAAAUGGAAUCCAACAAGGCAAACUAUGAAACCAUCAAAGUAGAAAGAGGAGAGCAGGGUCAAGUCUUCUUCAGAGGUCAGCAAGGUGGGUACUGGCAUGCCUGCGGUGAUGGCAUCAUGGCUGAUUCAGAGGUUCCUGAAGGAUUUUUCAUAGAGCUUCGUGAGGCUACUCGAAUGUGUUUGAAGAAUUCUUCAGGUCAAUACAUUGUCACAGAAAAGAAUGGAGGGUUUAAGCUAGGUGACACUGAUCCUUCAAAUGCCACACUGUGGGAAUUUUAAGGUGUGAUUAUCCUAAUGGGUAAAAAGAAAACCAACUUGGGUAAAAACCCAUUAAACCCCAUUCUUAUCUUGCUGAGUUUCGAUACUUUAAAACGUGAAUCGAUCAUCGGCAACAAAUUUGUCUGUAAUAGUAAGGUUGUAGGUUAGGUAUGCUAAGAUACACCGAAAGUUACGAGCCAGAUUGGAGAUACCCCAUCCAAUAUUAUUAUUAAGUGUCCUGAAUGGUAUCGCUCACUAGUUAGUAAGAUGGAUUUUUUCAUUCAUUGAUGUGUAAGAGUUUCUUCAUUAUGGAAUGCCCAAUUAAUAUAUUAUUAAUUCAAUUUUUUUACUUGUAUUCCUAUUAACUAGUUUUUUUAUCACUUGAAAGUAUUGACAGUCGAAUAUUAGGUAGAAUGUGUAGUCUUAUUCAGUGUUUAAUGGAGGUCACUAUAAUAAUAGGAAAUACUCGGAUGAAAUAUAUACCCGUGGCAAAAAAACAUUUACAUAGCUUUUGCCAAACGUUAUUGGAGAUGUAUGUUCAUACAAUUAUCAUUGUGCACAACCAAAGUAUUUUCUUCUGUAUAAUUUUUGUACAAUUAGCUCUGCUGAUAGUGAUGCUGUAUGUAGAUACAAAAAUUUAUAUUGCUUCCACAUGUCUCUAGGCUAAGUCAGAUAACUUGUACUUAAUUCUACUUUUUUACCAUUUCUACUUGUGACUGUCAGUGUUGAUUUCUAAAAGUAAAGCGUAAGGAGACAAAUUAGAUGCAUAGAUAUUAACUUAAAUAUUAGUACUUUAUGAUUUUAUAAAUAAUUGCGAUAGAUCCACUCCAGCAUUAUACACAAGUUUGCCCAGUCAGUAACUUGGAAAAAAUUCUUGAUUAGUCAUUGGCUGCUGGUGGCCUGAUUUUUCAGAUUGAUUGUACAGGUGGAUCUUGGUUUAAUUGAUGUCCUGUUUAAUGUGAAUUUUUGUAUUGGUUAAAACUGGAUAUUGAACCGAAUCAUUUGCGAUAAGCCGCACAUUAGUGCCUGGUGUUAACGUGGCGUGUAACACGUCAUGGGUCAGUUACUUGAAAAAAUUUUCUGCUUGUGCUUUCACUAGCUUGGCACAGAUGUACAUUCUCACCUGUUAUUUUCCUGCUGCUUUGUUAACCAUGAGUUUUAAAUUUGCUCUUAAAAUUGAAAGUUCACUGUUCUUAAAUGCAAGGGCCUUUUUAUACAUUUAGGUUAACUUUGGUGCUCCUAAAGUUCAAUUGUGUAUGUGAACGUGAAAGAUUAUCGUGAAGUUUUACAAUAUACUAUCUGUUGUAUCUUGUGGAUUAUGCCCUAAAGGUAAUUCCAGCAGCCUCUUUGCUCUUGGUGUUAUACCCGCGGCUUCAGGCAGCGGUAACCAGCCAAUGCAUUUAUGGAAGGAGAACCCGGCCCAGGACAGCCCGAGGCUUGUCCUUCCUGUGGGAGCCCCAGCUGUGCCCACCUAUGCCAGUCUUACCCAUGCCCUCCUGCAUCUUGCACCGAUAAAAAUAUUUAAUCGAAAUAAGUGUAAAUGUAAGGAUUAGUUACAUAGUUGAAUAAGAUUUCUUGGCUUUCAUUUGUAAACCGUUCCAAAUAGCAUGUUUACUGCAUAUUGUAACUAUAGCUAGACAUAAGUAAAACUUUAAUAGUUUUUUAAUCCCAAUUUCUGUAUGACUCAUAAUGAGAACAUUGGGUAACUUGCUGGCAGCAGUAAUCUUGCUAUAAAAUGCCAAUGAAAGGUAUCACAGGGCAUUGUAAUUAUUUAAGUGCAUAUGUUUGCACAGCUGGUUGCUAAUGCCUCUGUUCCUUUUAAAUGUUCUUGUCAGUCGUAGUUAAUGCGUAUUAUUGUUUGAUAGCCCUUUGUAUUAUGUGCUUUAGAUAGGGCAAACAAUUUAUUUAUUGCAAUAUUGUAUAACAUAUCCUUAUAAACAGCUUCUUAAUAAAAUUAAGCAAUUA